AGCGAGCGGAGGGGCGUGCCUUAGAUGGCGAGAUGGGUCGUGGCUGGCCGCUGCAUGUCAAAUUGUCCAUCCCAUGGAGCCUGAGGUGGAAUGCCGCCAACCACAAAUCGCCCACUAGAAUUUGUGGCCGCAGCCAUUCGAGAUCGGUACCGGUUCUAGUCGCUCGUCAGCCGGGUAUAAAUGGCCGAAGGCACAAGGCAGAUAAAAGGAAGGGCCGACUCUGCGGUACUGCAACUACAAAGGAGCUCACGCAACCAUGGGCAUCACUGAGUGGUAGCCGACUGGGCUUCUACUCGAAACAUUGUCACGCGAGAGGUGAGAAGUGCGGGCGUCAAUGGUAGAGUAUGGAGGAAUAUGGAGCAUGUCAACUUGAUGUGAGCGGGAGGAAGGGUGUAAUCGUGGGAGAAGAGGAGCACCGAGGUACCAGACGGGCCACCCAAAUCGUGUGGGAGGCAAGUACCUGGUACUUACUAUACGAGCACGACGAGGUACUUUCCUUGUUGCCUUUACAAAUACAGCACAGUCAUCAGACUGCGGCGAUUCGAUUCGCCGGGGAUAAGUGUGCACACCUCAUGCAUUCACCGAUAGAUGUCAAGAGCGUUGGUCAACCUGACAUCUUGUCGCAGAGGUAACAGCCUUUGUUGGGAGAGCAUGGCUACAAGAAGGCAAGGUACUUACAAUCUGCCAAACAGCCUGAUGGAUACUGCUGCACGACCUGGUGGAGUUUGUAGUGGAUUCUGCUGGAGCGGCAAGGCUCAUGCACAGAAUCCCAAGGGACUUCUAGCAAGUCUUUGGCCCCCUGAUGCCCGUAACUGGGGAGUUCGGGACUUCUCUCGUGCUUCUCUCACAUGCUCCCUUACGAUGAGAUGGCCUAGCCUGGUCUAUCACAGCCGCAUCGUCACUUCUCUGAAAGAUUCGUGUCCUGGUGCGCACGAGACGAGUUUUUUUCUCCUUCUCAGGCAGCCUAAGAUAUGUUUCGGCAUUCGCCUGUGUCAGUGCUAUACUCGUACGAGUAGCAUGUUGGCGGCAAUCGCACCCGCUUGUUGGACAAAGCAAUUCACACUCCGACGCCUGUAGGGAAUCCAGUUCCGUGCCAUCGCCGAGAGCGAGCGCAAAGACAUGAUUGAUGAGAGUGCCAUGACUACGGAGCAUGUACUCGAUGCAGCAGC